AGUAGACGUUGCUUCUCUCUCUUUCUAUUAACAGCAAACUUGAUAUGUUUCUACGUACACGUGCGUGGUUAACCGCGCUCUAACUCUUCUAAGUUACGAAAAUCGGUGUCUAAACUCUUUUCUCUCAACUUAGCGUAUUAUACUAUGCCGAUCCUUUCUCUAACUAGCCUAUAGUAAAUUUAAGUGUACUAAUAUACAUUUUGCUCUUUCAAACCCUUACUCAAUAUAAAAAAAUAUAUAAAUAAAUUUUAACAAAAAAUUUAUAAAAUGAAACCAAAAAUAAAAAUCAAACGAAAUUCGAACUCUUGACUGCAACUACUUCAAUCAACAUCGCACUCAACAGACCUGUCGGGUUUUGGGGCAAAAUUGUCGGUUCGCUGUGUGUAAUCGCUGGUGUACUGACCAUCGCACUGCCCGUCCCUGUAAUCGUCAGCAACUUCAACUACUUCUAUCAUCGCGAAACGGAUCAGGAGGAGAUGCAGAGUCAAAAUUUCAAUCACGUCACAAGUUGUUCAUAUUUACCUGGUGCAUUGGGCCAACAUAUGAAGAAAUCUUCUAUGUCCGAAUCAUCGUCGGAUAUUAUGGAUUUAGAUGAUGGCAUCGAUGCUACAUCAGGCUUGACUGAUCAUCCUGGCCGACAUUUAGCUCCAUUUUUGCGAGCACAGCAAUCAUUCGAAAAGCAACAAUUACAGUUGCAACAACAACAGAAUGGCUUGCGUGGCCAAUCGAAUACACUGCAAUUGCGUCACAAUAGUGCCAUGGCGGUCAGUAUUGAAACUGACGUCUGACUACU